AAAUAAAUAUUAUUGAACAAGCGAACUUCUCGUCGUUCGAUUGCUUCGCUCUGGAUCUCCAAACCGGAAGUGAACGUCAAAGCAAGAUGGUGGCCACGCGGAGGGGAGUACUCGUGUCUUCUCCCACGAAAACAAAAGUCGAGCAGCCCUCCGACAUCCAGGCCACGCCCUCCACACGAAGGACGACCAGGAGUUCCGUGGCACAGGUGGACAGUCCCACUGGCAAGGUCCUACAGGAGACCGGCCGCCAGCUUCAGGAAGCGAACCUGCGGACGUCUGUGCUGAAGCGAUGCAGCAGAGCCUCCAGACUCCACAGCCCGGAGCAGCCGUGCACCCCUCUGGGCUCGGACGUGUCCGACCUGGAGUCCUGCUCCUCCGACGUAAACACACACUUGACACACAGCAGCAGGAGGAGACCCGCCAGCCAAGAGGAGGAGGAGGACCUGUCCGAGGCCGAGUCCUGCUUGUCCCUGGUCCAGCAAAAUGUCCGAAGCACAAGAAAGAAGGCGGAGGGCAAAAAGGAAGGAUCCAGUAGUUCGGCAGUGUCUGAAGCCGAAGCUCAGAGGACACGAAGCAGGAAGAGCAGGACCGUCAAGCAUGAAGAAGAAGAGUCAGAGUCCUGCUCUUCUGAUGUCCAGACCACAAGGACCCUACGCAGCACGAGGAAGACCAUCCCUGUCCCAAAGUCGGUCAGGCCGGACGACGUGAAGGUGGACUUGGCACCCAAGUCCCGCCAGAGAGUCACUCGAACUCAAAGACAAAGUCUCCGUCCUCGACGCUCCUCCAAGAGACGAGCGGAGGACUCCGACGAGCUUUCCGACGCCGAGAGUGUGGAGGCGUCUCACUCCCAAGUCCGUAGGAGCACCAGGACCAGAAGCUCGGACGACGUCUUCCUGAGCUCCCCCACACCGAGGAGGACGAGAAGGACGAGUGCGGCGGCAGAGGAGAAGUCAUGUGACUCAGAGAGCUUCGAAUCCGGCCCAGAAUUCAGCCUCAGCACGCGGGACAAGACCUGGUCCUCCAGUUCCAACGCCCCGGAGUCCGACUCGGAGGGAGGCGGGACUCCAUGCAGCAGCCGCACCGGAUCGGGGAGCAGCCGGCGACGCGCUUCGAUUCCCGUGAUGAAGAACCUCUACGUGGUUCUGGAGAACGCUCGAGAGGAGCUCUUAAUGGACAACUCGGCUCUGGACACCACGGUGGUCUCCGGAGACGCGGAUGGGACGCUGCUGGAGGAAGACAAGAAGAGCGGCGAGGACUCGAGUGGAGACGUUGGACUUGAAGUAGACGCACAGGCGGGGGAUGUCACGGUUGAAGACCGGAGGACCGGGGAGGACACGACUGAAGAUGGGAGAGGGGAGGAAGAGGAUGCCAGUGAGGUCUUGGUUGAAGAGUCACACAUGGAGGACUGGACUGAAGAUGGGAAAGGAGAGGAAGAGGACGCCAGUGAGGUCUUGGCUGAAGAGUCACAUGUGGAAGACUGGACUGAAGAUGGGAAAGGAGAGGAAGAGGACGCCAGUGAGGUCUUGGCUGAAGCGUCACACCUGGAAGAAGACAAGACCAGCAAGGACUCUGAUGACAUAACAGAGGUUGCUCUGGAAGACUGUGAUGGUGAGGCUGCAGUGGCGUCUGCACACCAGCAGGGUGAGCUGUCUGCUGAAGAGAGGGAGGACGAGCUCGCCUCAGUGGAGGAAGCGAUGGAGGAGAAAGAGACCAAGUGUGAAGACGUUCUUGACGACACACCUGCCAGAACGUCCGAGGUGGACGUGACGGACCACACCGCGGUCCAAGGUCCACCCAAGCACAGAAAAGCGGCCUGUAAAGAAUUCAGCCUCUCUGUGAGCAGCGAUGAAGAGGAUGAAGAGGUGUCAGAGGAAGACGAGGACGCAGGAGAGAUACCGGGCCGCUCCUGGAAGCCCCAGGCCACGCCCGUGUCCAUGGACGGCGUGUUCAUGGUGGACACGCGGGUGGGGGGCGAGGCCAGCGAAGACUACUUGACACAGCCGCUCACCAAGGAGGAGCUGGUCGGUGGAAAGGACGACAAAGUGUUUGUGGAUGAAGAGGACCAAGAUGACCAGGAAGUGGACUUGUUCUGGUCCAGCAAGAGAAAGUGGACGAAGAAGCUGUCCACGGUCAUAGACCCUGGCAUCAGCGUGAGACAGCUGGGUGGAUUGUACAUCACCCUUAAUGGCAGCCAACCAACACCUGGACCAAGUUCUACUAAGAAACCCAAGGAGGACAAGAUCCAAGACCAGGUGAUGAAGAAGAGCGUGAUGGAGGCGGACUUUGAGAAGAAGGACACGGUGCCGCCGUACAGCGAGUCCAAACGCGCCUUGAAGAAAAAACACAGAGCGGAGCGUGAAAAGUCCACCGGGGACGGCUGGUUCAACAUGAAAGCUCCUGAGCUCACCAACGAGCUGCAAGGAGAUCUUAAACUGCUGAAGAUGAGAGGAUCCUUGGAUCCUAAAAGGUUCUACAAGAAGAACGACCGCGAUGGAUUCCCCAAGUACUUCCAGAUGGCCACUGUGGUGGACAACCCCCUGGACUUCUAUCAUUCCCGCGUGCCCAAGAAGCAGAGGAAGAGGACCAUGGUGGAGGAGCUGCUGGCUGAUGAAGAGUUCAGGCACAAGAACAAGAAGAAGUACCUCAACAUCAUGGCGGAGAAAGCGGCCCAGGCAGCAGGAAAGAAGAACAGCUACAGGAACCCCAAAUUUGUCAAGAUGUCAAAAAAAGCUACGAAGUAGAAGGUGACUUAUAAAUUAUAUCUGCAAUAAAAACUAGUUGUGGCCAUUUUAUUUUCCAGGACUUUAAAGCUACAUACAAAACAUAACUUCCUGUACAUGAACAUUAUUCUUAUGUAAACUCUUGGUUUUAAGAUGAUUGUACAGUAUAUGGUUUAUAUUUGGACAUGGCUGAGCAUCAUUGAUUAAUCAUGCUUAUGUUUUCCCAAGUCAAAUGAUGCAGCAGUAAAUUAUGACUGUCAGCAGAAAAAACAUUUUUAAACGGACAUGUACCUGACAUGCUUGUUGACAUUAAAAGGUGCACUUCUUGCA